AUGUGGUCCAACAACAGUGUUGCUCCUUUCUUGCUGACUGGCUUCCUGGGCUCAGAGGCUAUUCACCACUGGAUCUCUAUUCCCUUCUUUAUUGUCUACCUCUCCAUCCUUUUCGGCAAUAGCACACUUCUCUUCCUUAUCUGGAAUGACCACAGUCUUCACGAGCCCAUGUACUACUUCCUGGCUAUGCUAGCAGGUACAGACCUUGGAAUGACACUAACUACAAUGCCCACAGUCCUGAGUGUUCUAUUGCUGCACCAGAGGGAAAUUGCCCAGGGUGCCUGUUUCACUCAGUCCUACUUCAUUCACUCACUGGCCAUUGUCGAAUCAGGUGUCUUGUUUGCCAUGGCCUAUGAUCGUUUCAUUGCCAUCUGCAUUCCUCUGAGGUACAACUCCAUUCUUACCAAUUCUCGGAUAAUGAAAGUAGGACUAGGGGUACUGAUGAGGGGCUUUGUGUCCAUUGUACCCCCAAUUCUGUCACUCUAUUGGUUUCCAUAUUGCCGUUCCCAUGUUCUUUCCCAUGCCUUUUGCCUCCACCAAGAUGUCAUGAAACUCGCCUGUGCUGAUGUUACAUUUAAUCGUGUAUAUCCAGUUAUUCUGGUUGCACUGACUUUCUUCCUAGAUGCUCUGAUUAUCCUCUUCUCUUAUAUCCUAAUCCUUAAGACAGUUGUGGGCAUUGCCUCUGGAGAGCAGCGCGCUAAGGCCCUCAACACUUGUAUCUCCCACAUUAGCUGUGUCCUAGUCUUUUAUAUCACCGUGAUUGGCCUGACUUUCAUCCACAGGUUUGGGAAGAAUGCACCACAUGUGGUCCAUGUUACCAUGAGCUAUGUCUACUUUCUCUUUCCUCCAUUCAUGAACCCCAUUAUAUACAGCAUUAAGACCAAGCAGAUUCAGAGAAGUAUCAUUUGCCUAUUUUGUGUGCACACUAGGGCUUGA